GUUUAGUACAAUAAUAGGAUUUGAAUUAUAUAUAAUUACAGAUAAUUCUAGCUUUGUAAUAAUAGUUAAAGUAGGUUGUUUUUUAUGUUCUAUGGAUUUUCUGCAGUUUUUAUCAUGGUCGUGCAUCGUGUUUACGCUGGGCAUGUUCUCCACAGGACUGUCCGAUCUGAGGAAAAUGAAAGCCACUCAGAGUGCUGAGAGUGUCCAGUUUCUUCCUUUUCUUACCACAUGUGUAAAUAAUCUAGGAUGGCUGUACUAUGGCACACUAAAAAGUGAUGGCACUGUGAUGCUUGUGAAUUCCAUCGGUGCCUUCUUACAGAGCCUGUACAUCUGCACCUACCUCCAUUAUGCCAAAGACAAGAGGUCUGUGUUUGUGCAGACACUGGGAAUGGUGUGUUUGUUGUGUGUUGCCUUGGUGUAUUUCAGCAUGAUUGUUUCUCAGGGACACGCUCAACUCUCUCAGCUUGGCCUCACCUGCAGUUUCUUCACCAUCACUAUGUACCUGUCUCCACUUGUCGACCUGCUGGAGAUCGUGAGAACUCGUUCAGUAGAGCGAUUGUCCUUCUCACUCACUGUUGCCACCUUCUUCACCUCUGCCUCCUGGUCUCUCUAUGGGCUUCAGCUGGGGGAUUACUACAUUAUGGUACCCAACACCCCGGGCAUUGCUACCAGCCUCAUCCGCUUUCUCCUCUUCUGGUUAUUUGGAUCAGCAAGUCGGGACAAACAAUUUUACAAACCCCUUCAGAUCUGAACCGUACAAACCAUAAUAAUUGCAUCACUAAGUGCCUUUGCCAUUUUAAUGGCUCAAUCAAAACAUGUUCUAAAAGUGCUACAUGUUUACCUUGUGCCUAAAUGAAGCACCUACAACACACACUUACCUUGUAUAUCAGUAUAAUAGGUAGGAUGUGCUAAGAUGAUUAGAUGUGUUUGGGACAGUUUGUCCUAUAUUAGUGCCUGUUUCAGUUUCUACUGCCACUUUUAGUGCUGACUUUAGUGCCAGACGUCUAUGUAACCUUUUAUAAAGUGUAAAUAUCAAACCUAACCUUGUACCAACUAAUUUCCAAACCAUUCUAAUAAGCUGUUUAUUAGCUUAGUCUGGGCUGAUUUCUUAUUAAAUAGACCAUAAUAUGUAUAGCUUUGGUGCAAUCCACUCACUCACUCACUUUCUUAACCGCUUAUCUAAUUACGGUCGCAGGGGGGUGCUGGAGCCUAUCCCAGCUUGUCAAUGGGCACAAGGCACACAGUAACACCCUAGAAGCAGGGCAGACACACAUACACACACCCAUUCACCUAUCGGGCAAUUCGGUGUCUCCAAUUAACUUGACUGCAUGUUUUUGGACUGUGGGAGGAAACCGGAGCUCCCGGAGGAAACCCAUGCAGACACGGGGAGAACCCUGGUGCAAUCCAUUUAAACAAAAAACAUACAAUUUAAACAGAAGGCAGUAACCCCCUACAUUGAAUCUCAUGCUGUGAUCCUAGUUUAAAAGAUUUUUUUUUUUAAAUUAUUUUUAUUAUCAUUUCCACGUUUUGCCAGAGAUUUGUUUGUUGUUGUUUGUGCGCUGAUGUGCAGCGUAAAAGCAAGUAGGAAAAAUAAAUAAAUCUGAGUGGAUUUGGCAAACCGA